UGACAGUUGAUUUGUUUAUGAAUAUAUGGCGUCACGUUCUUGGAUUAUUUAGAUUUGCUGGUUGAUUUGCAAUAAAAACCCGCACCGCCGUUGUUCAAAUAAAAUUCUAAAAAUUUCGCAACGUUUGUAACAUUUUGUUCGAAAUGGACAAUAUACCGGCACCGCCAAAAGAUACUGGAUUGCGAAACAUUAUCGAUAAAUUGGCUGAGUUUGUGGCACGCAAUGGACCGGAAUUUGAAACAAUCACAAAGGCAAAACAACAAUCGAAUCCACGCUUCAGUUUUUUAUUUGGCGGUGAAUACUAUCAAUACUAUCAGUGGCGGGUGUCAGCUGAACAAGCAAUUCUAAAACAGCAAAAUCAACAGCAAGGGCCAAUUCCACAGACACCACCGAUGAUGCAAAUGCAACCAAAUUGGAAUACUAUACAAGCAACAGGCAGCGUAACAUUGCCUGCCGUAAGCAGUUCAGGUGUUAAUAACAACAUAGCUAGUCAAAUUGAAGCAAUUAAUGCUCAGCAAAUAACGCUGCAGGAACAAAUACGACAAUCGGAACAAAAUUUGAGUGCACAACACAAUGUUUUGAUGCAGCAACAACAAAAUCAAAUUGAUGAAGCCAUCGAAAAAGCACAGCAUGAAACUGUCUUAAAACAAGCCGAAGAGAAUAGCAUUCGACUAAAUGAGUUCGAUACAAUUUUACAACCAAUUAUCGACUCAUGCACCAAAGAUAGCAUUUCAGCAGGGAAAAAUUGGAUUUUACAAUAUGCAGGCGAUGCAGCUAAAUGCAAUGUAUUGAUGCAAUAUCUUUUGAAGAAGGCACUGAUAAAUGACGUGACGUUCCAACAAAAACUUCAUUUAAUCUAUUUGGUGAAUGAUGUAUUGCACCACUGUGUUCGUAAACAUGCCGAUGAUUUGAAAAGUAAUUUGGAAAACAUUGUCAUUCCAAUGUUUUGUAGCGCUGAAAUAAUUGCAAGUGAAGAACAAAAGGCGAAACUAUUGAAACUUUUAUCGUUGUGGGAAUCGAAAUCAAAUUUAUUCGAUGCAUGUGUCAUUUCAAAAUUGCAGUCGCCAAAUUCUUCUAUGGCUGAGUAUAAGACAAAUUUAGUAAAUUUACAUCUACCAAUUGUUUCUGCCAUGCAACAACAAACUCAAAAAACAUUCGAAGGCUAUAAGCAACAACAUCAAAUUUUCAUUCAGCAUGCCUCACAACAAAUAGCAAUUCUUGACCAACAAAAACUGACUCUAAAGAAUCAACAAUCACAGCCAUUAACUCAGCCGUCACAGUCACCAGCACAAGCAUCAUCAUCGGAUCAAGCGCCCCAUCCCCAUUUAAAUCCAAACGAAUGCGAUGCAAAUCAGAACAAUAGCAUAAAUGGCAAUGCAAAUAAUUUCAAUCGAAAUGAUAAUCGGUUAAGCACUGCACCACCGCCUCUUAUGAGCCAGAACAUAACGAUGCCACGCACCGGAAUGAAUCCAAAUUAUAUUUCAUCGCAACAGCAACGAAUUAACUUUCCCGCAGAGAAUAAUUUCCAAAAUCCUGACCCACCACCAGCUUCAAUCCAAAAUAGUGUACAAUCGAUAAAUCAUAGCGCACAAACGGCACACUAUCAAUUGCCGCCGCCAAAUUUCAUGAUACCAGAUAUGUCGAAGCCACCGCCUGGUUUUAAUGCACCACCACCAAUGGCAAAUUUGCCCGUGGGAAAUACAAUGGACGAUUGUCAAACACGGAAUGCAAACGUAGUUGCAGUAGUUGCGGCAGCAGCAGCUGCAGCUGCAGCGGCCGCAGCACAACCCAUACCAGAAGAUACAAAGCCAACAGUACCUUAUUAUGAACUGCCAGCUGGUCUAAUGGUUCCAUUAAUUCGCCUCGAAGAUUGCAGCUACAAAGCACUCGAUCCGGAAGACAUUCGAUUACCUGCACCAAUUCCACCCAGUGAACGUUUAUUGCAAGCAAUCGAAGCAUUUUAUUCUCUUCCAAGCCACGAUCGACCACGAGACGGUGAGGGAUGGGAGAAAUUGGGACUCUAUGAGUAUUACAAAGUGAAGAAUGCAGCAAAGAAAAUCAAAGAAGAAGAAGUUGAGCAGGGCGUUCGUGAAAAAUCAAGGUCCCCCACUCCGAUUUUGCUGGAACCUGUUAAGCCCAAACGGAUAAAUAAGCGUCGAUAUCGAUCGAAAACAAGAAGCAAAAGCCGAAGCAGAAGCCGAAGUAGAGAACGUGAUAGAGAGCGUGAGCGUGAGCAAAGAGAUCGGGAACGCGAAAGAGAACGUAGAAAUUCUCGAUCGCGUUCCAUUUCACCUCGACCAUCAAGACGAGGUAAUAAUAAUCGUCGUCAUCAACGACAAUCACCAAAACGAUCUCCAGCACUUCGAAGAAGUCAAACGCCACCAACAAGCUUCGUUAAUUUCUCGCAAAAGACACAGCAUGAUUGCAUAGAAGAGACUAACAAAGGGCAUCAAUUGCUCAUGAAAAUGGGAUGGUCUGGUUCUGGUUUAGGUGCACAGGGCCAAGGUAUUGAAACACCUAUUUCAGGCGGUGACGUACGUGAUCGACAAGAUCAAUAUAAGGGCGUUGGAAUCAAUAUAAACGAUCCGUACGAAAAUUUUCGGAAAAAUAAAGGAGCCGCUUUCAUACAUCGCAUGCGAUCUAGAGACCAUGAUAGAAAAAAAUCGAAAACCCAAUCGAAUGCAGAGGAAGAAGCAACAGACUAUUGAAUUCAUGACACAAACAAUUGGAACCUCUUUUAUGUCAUUUACUGUUGAAAUCUAUAACUUUAUUAUCUCUACUUCUUAUGUUGACGAACACACAUAAAAUUAUAUUUGAAAAUGAAAGUAAA